CCUCCCCCGCCUCGCUUUUUUUUUUUUUUUCCUUCUUCCCGUCGGGUGAUGCUCUUGGAAUGAGAAUCGGAGGAUGGAAAUUGUUUGGGAUGUCCUCCUUCUUCUUCAAGCCAAUCUCAUCGUCUGCACAUCAGCUCAACAGAAUUCACCCAAAAUCCAUGAAGGCUGGUGGGCGUAUAAGGAAGUGGUCCAGGGCAGCUUCGUUCCAGUUCCGUCCUUCUGGGGAUUGGUGAACUCCGCCUGGAACCUCUGCUCGGUGGGGAAACGCCAAUCUCCCGUCAACAUCGAGACCAGCCAUAUGAUAUUCGACCCGUUCCUCACCCCGCUGCGCAUCAACACCGGCGGCAGGAAGGUCGGCGGGACCAUGUACAACACGGGGAGACACGUCUCCCUCCGGCUGGACAAGGAGCAGCUGGUGAACAUCUCCGGGGGCCCCAUGACCUACAGCCAUCGCCUGGAGGAGAUCCGGCUGCACUUCGGGAGCGAGGACAGCCAGGGAUCGGAGCACCUCCUCAACGGCCAGGCCUUCUCCGGGGAGGUGCAACUCAUCCACUAUAACCACGAGUUAUACACGAACGUCACAGAGGCCGCAAAAAGUCCCAACGGGUUGGUGGUGGUCUCCAUAUUUAUGAAGGUGUCAGAUUCGUCGAACCCGUUCCUGAAUCGGAUGCUCAACAGAGACACCAUCACCAGAAUAACAUACAAGAACGACGCCUACUUACUCCAGGGACUCAAUAUAGAGGAGCUGUACCCCGAGACCGCAAGCUUCAUCACGUACGACGGGUCCAUGACGACUCCGCCCUGCUACGAAACAGCCAGUUGGAUCAUCAUGAACAAGCCCGUUUACAUCACCCGGAUGCAGAUGCACUCACUGAGGCUCCUCAGCCAGAACCAGCCGAGCCAGAUCUUCCUGAGCAUGAGCGACAAUUUCCGGCCGGGCCAGCCCCUCAACAACCGCUGCAUCCGCACCAACAUCAACUUCAGCCUGCAGGGCAAAGACUGCCCCAACCACAGACCCCAAAAACUCCAGUACAGAGUAAACGAGUGGCUCCUCAAAUAAGUGGCCCGGGCCAACUGCAGCCCCAGCCUCAGCCAAGCGCUACAACUGGAAAUCGACAUAACCUAGAAUAUCCCCUCCACCUUCCCGCCGCCCCCCUACCCAUCCCCGGCCCGGACCGGCCCUUCCUUCCCACGUGGGAAGUUCGAGUCACGCAACGUCGCCCUAAGAUCCGUCUUGGAAGACGACCGCUCCCUUAAACGUGGUAAACAAUUUUGAUACCGUUUUCCUGAACUAAUCUCGCGACACGCCCAGAGACUCUUCAGCCUUUGUACAUAGGAAAUUCGCCCCGGGAAGACAGAGGGAGAAAGGGAGAGAGAGUGCUUCCUCCCACAGUAGUAUGGACUUGUGUUCUGUGCUCCAAAUACUCCUGGGAGAGAAAGAGAGAGAGAGAAAGAGAGAGAAUUGUGGCGGCCAGCCCGGCCAGAGGGAGCAGAUUCACUUCUAAGUUACGAUCCUUCUGUUCAUUGAACAAAAAGACCCGCCGUCGAGAGGAACGCGUUGCAGACGGUCCGGAAGCAGAAUGGUUUCAUUCUUUGUCACAUAUCUGUAGUAGGGUUUGCCGAGGUCAGAGCUGAACCGUUUUCUGUUUCUUGUUUUCCAAAGGUCAUACAUCGUGUUUGGUUACUGUUAACAACUCAAUAAAUGUGUUUAACGAGUU